UGUCUUCGUGGGAAUGGCGCCGAGCUUAUCCAUACAAUUAUCCAUUCUGCCAUUUCAUCGUCGACCGUUGUAAGCCCACGUUACUGAUUGCGGGAAGUUCUGCAGAUUAUUGGGUUUAUCACUAUCGUUGUUUUUGUUGUUGUGGAAUGGAGGAGAGAAUUCUGUAGGAGGGGAGAAAUGUUUGUGCUGGUAAAAUGCGUGGGAAGUUUGGAAGAGUAAGGAUAACUGUGUGAUUGAGUGUAUAGGAGAAGGAUGUCGUGUUUGUUGCCGCAGUUCAGGUGCUCUCCCGACGCUUUUGCAGUUAAGCUCAAGUCGCCGAGCCAUUAUUCAAAAUGUAGAGAAACUACUGAUUUUCAGACGCAGUGUAUUUUGUCAACAUCCCCGUCAACAUUGACGUCGACUAAAGUACUCGAGUUUGAGAAGCUACAUUUAUCGUCAUUGGAAUCAAUUCCUAAUUCAGUUCCUGAUGAUAGAUCAUGGAUAACGUCGACAGCUAAAACUGCACUACUUGAUCUGGAGAAGUUGUCUUCUUUAGAUACUCAUCCAAUUCCUUCUGCCACAAACGAACCGUGGUCAUAUGUUGGAGCAGUCGGCCGCCAUCCUGAGAGAAAUGUUGGAGCAAAUUUAGAUAGAGAAACACUUCUUGUAAGUGAAGAAGCUGUUAUCACUGCUGCUGCAUCUGAAGCGCUGGCUCUGGCCAAGGCAGCGGUUAAGGCUGCAAAAGAUGCAUCUGUGAUUAUCAGUCCUCGUAAAUCCCCUAAGUCGGACGCCACUACUAUUGGAAGCAUUCCUGAAACGGAUGAUUCAAAAUUUCUGAAAGAUGAGCUUGCUGAUCUUACCAGCAAAGUUAGAGGUUCAAGAAUUUCUGAAAUUGGUUUGGGCGAAAACUCUCAUCCGUUAGCAGAAUCUAAUGAUGUGGAGCCUAGUGUUGAGGGACUUGAAUUUCUUGAGGCAAAAAUAGCUGUUAGAUCAACACGCCAAACGGAGAGAAAAGCUAGAAGAACAAGAACUGUGGAAAAGGAAGCAGCUAACACCAUUUAUGUAAAAUCAAGUCGAAAGAAAAACUUCAGUCUAAAGAAUGUAGAUUAUUCUGACCCACUGUAUUACUUAAGAGGGACUACAUUUAGUUCCAGGUUGCUCACUGCAUCCGAAGAACGGGCGUUUUCACAAGGGAUUCAGAAUCUAUUGAAGCUGGAGAGACUUUACGAGGAGCUUAAGCAUCGUUGUGGCUGCCAGCCUACCAUUGCACAGUGGGCUGAAGCUGCAGGUAUGGAUCAGAAAACCUUGAGAAAGCAAAUAAACCAUGGGAUCAUGUGCAAAGAUAAGAUGAUUUUGAGCAACAUUAGGCUAGUUGUUUCGAUUGCAAAAAAUUACCAGAGCGUGGGGAUGAAUCUUCAAGAUUUGGUUCAGGAAGGAUGUCGCGGCCUUGUUAGAGGUGCAGAGAAAUUUGAUGCAUCGAAAGGUUUCAAAUUCUCCACCUACGCCCACUGGUGGAUAAAGCAAGCAGUCCGGAGAUCCCUUUCAGACCACUCCCGGACAAUCAGAUUACCUUUUCACAUGGUGGAUGCAACGUAUCGAGUGAAAGAAGCCAGAAAGCAGCUGCUGACUCAAAAUGGUAGACAUCCUGAUGAUACAGAAAUAGCCGAGGCAACAGGUCUGUCGAUGAAACGGAUUUCUGCAGUCUUGCUGACCCCAAAACCUCCAAGAUCUCUCGACCAGAAAGUCGGGAUUAAUCUAGACCUCAAACCAUCGGAAGUGAUCGCCGACCCUGAAGCAGAAACAUCGGAGGAAACACUCAUGAAGCAAUUCAUGAAGCAGGACUUGGCUAAGGUCCUCGACACUUUGACUCCAAGAGAAAAGCAGGUAAUGAAAUACAGGUUCGGGUUAAAAGACGGGAGAAUGAUGACGCUGCAAGAAAUCGGGGAGCUAAUGGGCGUGAGCCGGGAAAGAGUCAGGCAGAUCGAAACAUCAGCGAUGCGGAAGCUCAAGAACAAGAAGCGAACAAGAGUCCUGCAACAGUACAUACUACCAUAAACCUUUCAAGUUUCUUUCUUUCAGCUCAUCCCUGUGGAAUAGUCGGGCCUUGAUUGCUGCCCGGCUUCUAAUGGUAGAAACGUCGCGAUUUUUCGACCCCUCUUUUUCCCUGGAGACUAUCUCUCGUGUGAAGUUAAAAGGUGAGAUUUUGUGUGAAUACUAAGAGCUCAUUCGUGUAUUGUAUUUACACACAUUACUACAGUACAGAUGUUCAAACGUUUGUUCAAUGUUGUUAUAGAAAAUGUUGUUCACUGUUUCCA